CCUCUUCUCGUUCUUGUUGCGUUUUUUGCUCCUCCCACCACAUUCUCCGGGCCAAGAUGAGAAUGAAAAAGAUCACUUAGAAGAUUUUGAUUAUAUUUAGUGAGAAAAAAACACGUGUCCUUACUUUUUGCAACAUGAAACAAAAAGAAGAAUGCUGAUGGAUAUAAGAACAAAAUUUUUAAAGAAUUUUGGUUUGAGAAAUACUGGAGAUACGAUUUGCCCUGUGACACAAGGUAAAAAAAAGAUUUAGUUAAAGUUGUUUCUGAUGCAGCUAAGAAAAAUGCAGACCAUUAAAAAGGAGCCAGCACUUGUUGAUACAAGUAAAAAUGUGGACAAAAUGAUAGUGAUUACUUCUGCUCUAACUGAAGUGUCUGAAGAUUUGAAUACAAAUGAAGAUCUAUUACUUACUGAAGGAGUUGGUGGAAAAAACAAAUCUUCAGCUUGCCGGAGAAAAAGGGAAUUCAUUCCAGAUGAAAAGAAAGAUGCUAUGUAUUGGGAAAAAAGAAGAAAAAAUAAUGAAGCUGCCAAAAGAUCUCGUGAGAAACGUCGGCUGAAUGACUUAGUUUUGGAAAACAAACUAAUUGCAUUGGGAGAAGAGAAUGCCUCUUUAAAAGCAGAACUGCUCUCACUAAAAUUAAAAUUUGGUUUAAUUAGUUCUACAUUAUAUGCUCAGGAGAUUCAGAAACUCAGUAAUUCUACAGCUGUAUAUUUCCAAGACUAUCAAACAACCAAAUCAAACAGCACAUUUUUGGAUGAUCAUGAAACUUCUAUAGUGGGAAGUAGUUGCAUUUCUGUCAUUAAACACUCUCCUCAGAGCUCUUUGUCUGAUGUCUCAGAAGUAUCAUCAAUGGAGCAUUCUCAGGAGAGUCCUAUUCAGAACAAUUGCAUAAGUCCUCCAAAUAAGUUCCAAGAUAUAAAACAGGAACCUAUGGAAUUAGAAAGCUAUACAAGAGAGUCAAGAGAUGAUAGAGGUUCCUAUACAACAUCCAUUUAUCAAAACUACAUAGGAAGUACCUUCUCUGGUUAUUCUCAUUCACCUCCUCUUUUGCAAGUUAAUCGAUCCUCUAGCAAUUCACCAAGAACAUCAGAAACUGAUGAUGGUGUGGUAGGCAAGUCAUCUGAUGGAGAAGAUGAGCAGCAAGUUCCUAAAGGCCCAAUUCAUUCACCAGUUGAACUUAAAAGCAUCCAUGCAACAGUUGUUAAAGUUCCAGAAGUGAAUUCCGCACUACCACAUAAGCUUCGGAUUAAAGCCAAAGCCAUGCAAAUAAAAGUAGAAACAUUAGAUAAUGAAUUUGAUGUCACGCAGAAACUUUCCUCACCUAUUGAUAUGUCAUCCAAGAGACAUUUUGAACUUGAAAAGAAUGAUACACAAAAUUUGGUACAUUCUUCCCUUACUCCUUUCUCUGUGCAAGUGACUAACAUUCAAGAUUGGUCACUCAAACCAGAACAUUGGGAUCCAAAAGAACUCAAUGGCAAAAUUGAAAAUGGUUGCAAAACUGGAGUUAUUGGAAUUAAAAACAAUAUAUACAAUGUCUCUGAUUCAGAGAACUUGUAUUUAAAACAAGGGAUAGCAAACUUAUCUGCAGAGGUUGCUUCACUUAAAAGACUUAUAACCACACAACAAAUUUCUGCUUCAGAUUCUACUUAAGUUACUACUGAAUUGUUGUUUUAAAGAUGCUAUUUGCAGUAGAUUAACAUGUUUUGUAUUAUGCUGAAUUUUCACUGGACUUGUGAGGUCAUUUCACUGUAAUGUUCACAUGUUGUCCGAUAGAUGUCUUUUAAUGCACAAAUUACUAUGAAAAUUAGAUUGUUUUAUGAUCACUAUGUCUUGUAUAUAGUCAAAUAGCCUGUGCAGAGGCUAAAUAUAGAACAUUAUUUUUUGUUGUUCAAUUAUUAAGUGUGCAAGUUACCACUUACAAUAAAGUAUUGGUGACAAACAUGGAAUUUUACUCCAGUAAAGCCAAUUCAAUGAAAAAGGCAAUGGUUCUGUUAAAUGAUGGAAUAAUUACACAUUUAACAUUUUACUUAUUCCUUUGACUUUUAUCUCUUAACUAAGAUAAAUUUGUAAUAGACACUUUCCAAGCAUUUUGUUUGGGCUUUCUGUCAGUUUGCCUGAAUGUAACCUUUAAAAGAGAAAAAAAAUGAAACCCUGGGGGGAAAAAAAUAGAAUCUGAUUUUUUAUUUGAAAAUUCC